UUUAAAAUUGCAUAUACAAUAAAGACGCUUGUGCUAGGAUGUGGUUGUGUGUUUGGUUGCUCUCUCCUGCUUGUCUGCUAACCACUAUCAACUAAAGGAGUGCUUAACUCGACUACUUUCCCAUCAUUUGGUGCACAUGGCCUCAAUUAAAGAAAGAGCUGCGGCGUUGAACCUUGCAGAAAAACUGUCUGUGCGUCCUCAUGCACAUGGAGUGGCCAGUAAAUCGGUCCAGUCUUCCUCCAUGUGGAGUGGCCUCAUCUCUCACCUCAGGUCAUCUGUGACAGUGAAGCAUCGACGAGUCCACCUCAAGUCUCACAGCGACUGUUUCCUCGGCUCAGAGGCUGUCGAUGUGGUGACCGAACAUAUUCGCACUGUCAGAGGGUUUGAAAGUGCCAGUGUGUCAAGGGACAAAGUGGUGUGUGUCUGCCAGGCUCUGUUGGACUGCAGUGUGUUUGAGGCCGUGGGAACCAAAGUGUUUGGCAAAAACCGGAAGCAGGAAGUGUUUCAGGACAGCAAGAGUGCUCUGUAUAGGUUUGUAAGUGUGUGUACUCCUUCAGUCGAUGAGUUGGAAAGAGGUGCGCUUGUGAAUGGGAUCCAAAAGCUCUUCUGCGGUGCUCCUUCAGACAGACAGGACGAACGGAAAUAUCCCACUGAGUCACAUGUUCAGAUGUCCAUCCCUGUCAAACUUACUCAAACAAGCGUAAAAGCCAAACAGCUGGACACUCCUGCCACUGACAGCCUGUCACUGGAGCCUGUGGUGGACAGUCUGAGUCCCAGCAGAGUGCAGACUGAUGCUGUUCUACCACCAUCAUUGGUGGACGAGGUGUGGCAGGAGCAGACUCUGCUCAUGCUCUUAAACCUGGUGGAGCUCCCCCUGCUGGAAGGCCUCCUUCAGUGCAGCCAGACCAACUCCUCUCCUCCUCAGUUAAACCUAAUGGCCCACAGUAACCCAGACCUGAUCUAUAGCAGCAACCACCUGGACAGACAGAUCCUCAAGGCCUUCAGGGACUCUCAGGAAGAUGAGUGGCUCUGUGCAGGUCUGGACUGUCUGGACUUCCUCCCUGAUCAGCCAGUGGUGGAGCUGAGCAGGAAGCUGUCUCACUGUUUUCUGCAGGAUCAGGACAGCUGUGAACAUGUACCAGCUGCUCGCAGUUUGCAAGAUGGAGCACAGUCUCUGAGCUCUGAGUCCACCCCAGACAACGGCGGAGACAAGCAGUCUCGUCUCUCUCAGAGUGUUUUGGCCCAGUGUAAGCUGCUGCUGUAUGGGACCCUGGUGAAACACUACAGUCACACGGACAGGCCUCCGCUGCUGCCCCAGAACAUGAAUGACAUCUACGCAGCCAUCACUGACCUGCUGGUGAAUGCUAAGUUUGGCACGGCUCUUGAGGCUCUGCAGCUGUGCCUGAAGCUGCUGCCUGCCGCCUGCAGAGACGAGCUGCGCAGGCUGCUCACAUUCAUGGCUCUGGCAGCUGACCCCCAGGGGAUAAAACUGGACAAGGAGACAGAAAACAGACUGGCAGUAAAGAGGUCUUUCUCCAGGGCAGUUCUCCACAACAAGGCUUUUUCAAAGGACAAAGAGGACCUGAUGCUGGUCUUCAUGCUCAGCAACAUCAAGGAAGUUUUUAAGAUACCAGGGGCUCUUCACAAAGGAGUGAGUGACAAGCUGGCCAGCAUCACACAGGGGAAACAGCCCGAUGUGACCGGAUCUACGUUCUGUCAGCAGGUCUCCAGCAAGACUUACCUCGAGUCUACAAAGAAUACCACCAACCAGGAACUGUGGGCUCUGCUGAACAGCAUCCACCUGGACACCAAGAUUUCCACCAAGGAGAGGAAGCGCCUACUCGGACAGUUUUACCAAGCCCACCCAGAGAUAUUUAACCAGUACUUUGGGGAAUCAGCUGUUAGUGUGCUGUAGAUGUGUGAAGACAGUGACACAGCCCAUCAGUCAGUUGGACGCAAGCUGACCGACUGGAAAGAAAUGUUUGUGACUGACAAUGAGUCUUAGUGGAGAUUGUAAAUACAUGUGGGAAAGAUGCCUGUAGCAUUUGAUUGUGUAUUUGCUUUAUUCUCGAACUGAAUGAAUAAAGAGUUGAUAUACUUA